AUGGCGGAACCCUUGGUAGCAGCACCAACCUCUGCAGUUCGCGAUGGUCCCACCUCGAUUCCAACCGCUUUACACAUUUGCUUCGCUCGUACUGUGAGGGAUGUGUACUCGAACAGCUAUCAGAAAGAAGAUGAGUUGGAUAGACCGGAGAGAACGCGUGCAAAUAUCUCUAACACUCCUGGAUUCGAACCAAUGGACGACAUCAUCUCCAACUAUACCACAAACGAAUUGAACACUACUUCUGAACCGUACGAAUUGAAGAACUGGACAACACAAGCUGUCACAGUGAACGACUGCCCAGCACUCAUCCCUUCAUCAAAUUCCACGUUGAGCUAUUCCGAUUGGCUCAGUACCGAAUCAUUCCCCAUAGGAACAUUGGUUACAAUGAGAUGUACAUCAGGUUAUCCUGAAGGACCUGUUGCAGCAUCAUGUUAUGAAGGAAAAUGGGUUCCAGCUACUCUUGGAAGUUGUUCCGGAUCUGUUGAACCUGGCAGAGCGAAUUGUUAUGCUGUAACAGUUCAUAAUGGAAUGCUAAUCUACAGCGAUGAAAACCUAUGUGACGAUGCAAGGGAAAGUGGUUCCAAAGCUUUUCUCACUUGUUAUGCAGGUUACAUUCCUAAUGGUAGCAGUUCCACGUACUGUCAUAACGGAGAGUGGACUCCUCCGCUUGGAAACUGUAUUAAACAACGAAUUCAGUUCAUAAACAUUUAA